AUGAAGCUUCGAUACAAUGAGCCAUCGAGUAUUCCGAUACAGGAAGCCUACGAAGCAGCUGGAUGGCAUAUGCAGAACACCCCCAGGGAGGAAGUGUGCUUCGAUAGACAUUUCCUUCUCAUGACUUUCAUUCAGUUUGACCGUUCAUACAACGACUAUCUUCAAGGUAGAGCGGGUGUAGGAAAUAACCCAUUCAUAGUCAUGAAGCCAUUUGGCCCUUUCAUGAUCGACCUCAUCCCUGAGAUGGCGGUGUAG